AUGGCUGUUAAGCAGAUAUAUAUCGCCAGACACGGAUACCGUGCCAAUUGGCUCCCGCUUCCACAUCCACCCAAUCCCACGGGAAUAGAUAGUGAUCCACCUUUGGCACCUCAUGGAGUCGAACAGGCGAGACAGUUAGCUGCUUACUUGACUUCGUUGCCGAGUACCGAUAGACCGCAGUUUGUGGUAUCGUCACCUUUCUACCGGUGUGUGGAGACAGCGGAGCCAAUUUCGGAAAUGCUUUCGUUGAAGGUAGUUCUAGAACGUGGAGUAGGUGAAUGGUACAGAAAGGGACGUAAGGUGAUUCCACAGCCGGCCGAUUACGACCGGUUGACUCGAUUCUUUCCUAAAGUUUUGGUUGACGAGUCCGAAUGGCCCCGUGACACGACCGUAGGUGUGAUUCCAGAUCCCACUGGAGAGUCCAAUGAAGAUAUCUUUGUCAGAGCCAAUGAGUUCUGGAAGCGUUUCUUACCAGUAUUCGAAGAAAAGUAUCCAGAUAUUGAGACGAUAAUGAUCAUCACCCAUGCUGCUACCAAGAUUGCAUUGGGAGCCUCUCUUUUGCGUUUAUCGGGUGUUUUGGACUACAUUGAUGACGAUAACAACACGUUUCGUGCUGGAGCUUGUUCUUUGGAUAAGUACGUACGUACCAGCGACGGCUGGGACAUGAAGAUGAAUGGAAACACCGAGUUCUUAGCGGGUGGAGAGGAGAUGCACUGGGACUUUCGAUCAACGUAUGAAGCGGGCUCCGACGAAGACAUCAAGGCACGGGCAGAGGAAGCUAAGAGGAAGAAAGAACUACAAGAAAAGAAGAGGGAAUCAGACUUCUACGUGACGGUCGAUAUUCCCAUGAUCGGAAAGGCCCAGAACUUUGAGGAUUCCAACAAUUUGGAGACCCCAACUUCAAAAGUCAAUAUUAUCAAGCCGGCAGCACAGUUCCAGAUUACAGAGUUGAAUAACGACAACCCCUUGAUCAAAUUGUCGAACAACAGCACUGCUCCUGGAGUACAGGACACCAACAACGGCAAUGAUGCUAUCAACAGCAUCAAUGUGAUCGACGGAAAGAUCUACGAAACCAGCUGGAAAAAGUUGGUUGGAACAGACUUGAUUUUUGACGACUACGGUGAAUUGAUAGGUAAGGUAACUGAACACUUGACCGUCAAUGAGAACGUGAAGAUUGUACUUAAAGACAGUUCCAAGACCAAAGAAGACAGCGACGAGGAAGAAGAGGUUGACGCGAAUGGCGACCUCAAGACUGCUGGCCAAAGCGCUUUCUUGAAACAUGCCAUUAAGCUCGCUAAGAAGAAAGAAGCGCACUCGUAG